AUGCGAAUCGCUAUCGUGGGCGCUGGGCCCGUCGGCCUCACUCUCGCCCGGCUCCUUCUUAACAAACCCAACAUCGACGUUGUGGUCUUUGAGUCCGAGAAAUCUCGAGAAGCACGCGGACAAGGCGGGUCGCUCGAUCUGCAUCCCGAUACUGGGCUCGCCGCCGUGAAAGAAGCAGGCCUAUGGGAUGAAUUCCAGAAGAGAGUCCGUUACGACGGGGAGGCGUUGACCGUCUGCGACAAAAAGCUCACCAAGUACUUCGUCCUCUCCGGGGAAACCGAAGGCUCCUCCCACGGUCGUCCAGAGAUAGACCGCAGAUCUCUCCGUGACAUGCUUCUCGACUCCGUGCCUCCCGAGGUGAUCCGAUGGGGCAAUCAUCUGCGCUCAAUUGACGAAGAUCGCAACUUGAUCUUCGACCAAGGCACUGAGUCUGGGUUUGACUUGGUCGUCGGCGCGGACGGCGCCUGGAGCAAGAUCCGCAAAUUGGUCUCAGAUCAAACGCCACAGUACUCUGGCAUGGGCGGUUUCAGAUUAACGAUUCCCAAUGCCAAAGAAACUGCCCCGGACAGCUACAAACUCACCAAUCGAGGAUCGAUCUUCUCGUACUCUGAUGGAAGUAGUAUCAUGAGCCAACAGCUUGGCGAUGGCAGUCUGAAUGUCGCUGUUUGGAGCACCCUCCCAGAAGACGACUGGAUGGAGAAGCUCCCUUUUGAUGUCCACGACUUGGAAGCCGUAAAAAAACAUCUCACUGAUAAAUUACAUGAUUGGCAUCCAGAGCUGCUCAACAUCAUCCGCCAUGCCCAAGAUCCGGAGGCUCGCUCACUCUACAUGCUCCCUGUCGGCUGGCGGUGGGAGAACCGUCCCGGCGUGACUUUGGUUGGCGAUGCAGCGCAUGUCAUGACACCCUUUGCCGGCGAGGGUGUUAAUUUGGGGAUGCAGGAUGCGCUGAUGCUGUCUCGAGCCAUUAUCACGGCCGCCGGCUCCCCUGAGCCCGCCACUCAACUUCCAGCACAGAUCAAGACCUUUGAGGAGGACUUGUUUGUCCGGGCAGAGCGCACGGCUAGUCUGACGAACGAUUCGUUGACCUGGCUAUUCUUCACUGAUGGCUCUCCGCGGACCAUCAUUGACAAGUGGGCUUUGCGCGUCAUAACUUUCCACGACAAGACUCUUCUCGACCGGGUCCGGAAACCGCUGCUGGCUGCCUCCCUGAAAACUUACUUUUUUCUGUUCAAGCUGUAUCAUGCCGGUUGA